GCUGGAGGGGAGAGCAUACUGCCUCAGCUCAGGGCACAAUGAGGUCGCUCCGCUUCAUUGCCGCAGAAGCCCUAGUUUCCCACCCCCUGCUGGCCCAGGACAGCCUGGACAGUAUGGCCUACGACCUCUACCCACUCCUGUUCAAGGCCAGCUACCUGCUGGAGCAGGCGGAAGUGACCCGAGCUGUGCUAGGGUCCUGGCCCCUGGAGGAAUUCCGGCUGGCCGUGCUGCUGGGGCCCAGCACUGAUGACCCGGAGGACCUGCGUGACCGGGCCUGCAGGACCUGCCUGGAGGCCUGCAUUCAGGGCCUGGGUGACCACGUGCUGCGGGGUAGGAGCUGCCGGCUGCAGCUGGCAGACCUCACAGGCAUCCGGGAUGUGCAAGAGCAGCGGUGUCCCUGUGGGAGGGUCCUGGGGAGGUGGGGCCGCACCCAGCUGCUGGCCACUACCUGCUGUGAGCUGCAGGCACAGCCCUGUGUGGCCGGGCACCCCAUUGAGGUCCUGGCCGACCUCUUUGUAACUGACGGAAACUUCCAGGCAGUGGUGCAGGCUCUGCAGCCAGGAGGCCCUGCCCCUCUUCAAGUGCGAUGCCGCUCAUUCCGAGCAGACAGCCUGAGCCCUGGGCAGCUCCUGCUUGUGCUGGGCCUGGUGGGGCCAGCUGCACUGCGCAAGCUAGAGGUGGUGCACAAUGUGCGGCUGCACGCUGGUCACGUGCUACAGCUGCUGGCCCAGGUAGGCUUUCCCCGGCUGGCCUCACUCACUCUACCCACCAAGGCCUUUGAUGCUCCCCCUGACUACACCCCAGCCCCUGAGGGCCAGGACCCCCUCCUUGCCGCCAUCGCCUGGGAGCUGAGCCGCAUGACCCAGCUCACUGAGCUCAGUGUGGCCUUCUCCUCGCUGACAGGGAAGAUCCGGACGCUGCUUGGCCCCCUCAGGACCCCACUGCGAGUGCUGGACCUGGCCAAUUGUGCCCUGAACCAUGCAGACAUGGCCUUCUUGGCAGAUUGUGCCCAUGCCACCCACCUGGAGGUGCUGGACCUCAGUGGACACAACCUGGUCCACUCUCACCCCUCAACCUUCUUCAGGCUGCUACGCCAGGCAGCCCAGACACUGAGGGUACUGACGCUGGAGGACUGCAGCAUCUCAGACAGUCACGUGGGCAUGAUGACCCUGGGGCUGAGCCCCUGCAGCCAGCUCCAGGAGUUCAAGUUCCUGGGGAAUCCCCUGUCUGCCCGUGCCCUCAGAAGCCUCUUUGCUGCACUCUGUGAGCUCCCCAAGCUGCAGCGCAUUGAGUUCCCAGUGCCAAAGGACUGCUACCCUGAGGGCAUGGCCUACCCCCAGGAUGAGCUGGCCAUAUCCAAAUUUGACCAGCAGAAGUACAGUGUGAUUGCUGAGGAGCUGCGCUUGGUGCUGCUGCAGGCAGGCCGGGAGGACAUCCAGGCUUCCACACCACUCUUUGGAAGCUUUGACCCGGACAUUCAGGAAACUAGCAAUGAGCUUGGUGCUUUCUUGCUGCAAGCUUUCAAAAACGCUUUAGAAAACUUUUCUAGAGUACUAAAACAAAUUGAAUAAGCCCUCAAAUCAUGUCCAGAAUGGGUCUUGCAUUUCAGCCUGUGGAGCACCUGGGAUCUGUCCCAGAUAGGAGGCCUGGGCCAUGCAUCUGUCACUGGCAACUUCACUCCCAAAAACACUUCUUAGUGAAAACUGUAGGUGUGCCUGUUGGGUACUGUAGGAGAGGAAGGCCUGCCUUCUAGAUGUGACAGCAGGUGUCCUGGGUGUCACUACAGUAGGAUCCUGGAGCCAAGGAUCCAAGGAAAGGCCACCACAGUAGCAAAGGUGAAGUGCUCGGCCAAGCGCUAGGCCAGAUGGCAGUGGGGACAGAGUCCACCUGCUACACUCCAGUGAGGAUGAGGACAUGAGAGAAAUUAUUGCAGACUAUGUAUAAAAUAAGAAGCAGCCCAUGAAAGCUAACUGAGAAAGACUAAACAUGAAAAGUAAAAAUGAAAAGUGAGCUGGACAGCCCCUGUGCCCAGCAGCGGGUACCACGCACAGCAGCUCCUGUCCUGCCUGCUGCACUAAUGCUCACAAGACAAGGCCUGGGCUGCAGUAGGGUGGCUUCCUCCCCUCGCUGGCAUCCGACUGAGUGAGUGCUGACUCUUGUCCCAUCUCUGCCCAGCAGCCCUCUCUCCGAGCACCAGACCUGGGCUCCGGCUCCUGGGGAGACUGCAGGCUGACACUUGGCGACUUUCAAGGAGGCGCCAAUCAGCAUCAGAGAAAGACGCACUUGGACUUGGUUUCCAUCACAACCU